CUCCUAAUUCUCUUGUUCUUAUAAACUCUGCUUUUGUGUAACCUUUGGAUGAUAGUUUUCCUAGUUGUGGCCUUACAGCUGGUGGUCCCCUGGUGCCCCCCACCUCUGGCACCUGACACAAGCAUCGUCAGGAAGUGUAGUGAUAUUUGCGCAGAAGGCAACGUUGGAAUGAAACGUAAGGAUACACACGAAGGUAAACAAGCCUGCCGGUAUCCGGUGAAUCGAUUCGCUCGACGAAAAAUGGGGAAGGAAAUUGGAUAAAACUUCGUUGAGAUUCCAGGUGGGCUGGCUAAAAUAGUCUGGAGACUGAGCCUACUGCUUGUUAUGUUCUGGCCCUCGAGACGUAUGCUUUUUUGAUACGUAUGCGGUAGGCGGCGACACGUGCUCCGUUUGGCGAAGAACCGGUUUACGUUGCUAGGCAUCUCCGUUAGUUCGAUGCGGUCCGCAGAUGUCCGACCUCAAAGAACUGGGAAUUUCAGCCAACCGACACUAACUCUACCUCGGCCAGCCACAGCUGUUGUGGCGGUGGUCCAACAGGAUGAAGUGGCAAAUGGGUAGUACAUCAAGUAACGGCGAGCGCUAUCAGUUC